GCCGAGCUGAUUUUACCUCGUCAGACCUGUGCACCCUACCUGGAGAAUGCCGACACACUUUCAUUCCAAACAGCCACAUCAAUUUGAGCUCAAAGGCACAAGCGAGUAUUUUGAUCAAAAUUUCCAUCUGCUUUUUACUUGGGUUAUACUCUUUUAACAGUUUGUUUGGUUUAUCAUGGCUCCCAUUUUACAUAUUUUGAAAGUUGCCGUGACAGUGGUUCUCUUCCUGGCUGGACUCAUAGUUCUGUUUUUAAUGUACUAUCAUUCAUUUCCAUCUCUGAACUGUCAUCCUCCUCCGGCUCGUACAAGGCGGACAGACAAACCUGUAUUGCUGCUAUGGUUCUGGCCUGAAAACAAAAGGUUUGAUUUACAAGAUUGCAAGAAUCUUUUCAACAUUAACGGGUGCCAUCUCACAGAUGACAGAUCUUUAUAUUCCAAAGCUCAGGGAGUUUUGGUAUUUCACAGAGCUAUCCAAGAUGACCUCUCCAAUCUUCCCACUGCACCUAGAACCAGAUUUCAGAGGUGGAUCUGGUUUAACAUGGACUCGCCGAACAACACACGCAAGAUAGCCGGCAUCGAAGGCCUAUUUAAUUUAACCCUGAGCUACAGGGCAGAUGCGGAUAUCCAUGUUCGUUGGAAACUGACUUUUAAGAAUAACACAGAUAAAGAUUUUGUGCUACCCAAGAAGGAACGACUGCUUUGUUGGAUUGUGGACAGCAAUGACCUAGAUACAAAAUCAGGCAAGAGCUACGACUACUACAGAGAGCUUGUAAAACACAUCAAGGUAGAUGUAUUUCACAGCUCCUCUGAUGACUCUGUGAAGGGUGAAAACUAUUUCACCACCAUCAGCAGCUGCAAGUUCUACCUUUCGUUUGAGGAUUCUAUUUACAAAGAUUAUAUUACAGAAACGUUCAAUGGGCCUCUAGCAGCUGGCACUGUGCCAAUAGUUUUGGGCCCACCGAGAAUAAAUUAUGAGGACUUCGCCCCUGGUACUUCCUUCAUACACGUAAAUGAUUUUCCUGAUGCUGGAGCACUGGCGGAGUUCCUCCUGAAGCUGGAGAAGGAUAAUGAAGCUUACAUGAGAUUCUUUGACUGGCGGCAAUUCUACACUGCCAGACAUCAUCUUACUGAGGAAAAGUAUGAGUUUGCAUACCCUGUCUGCCAGGCCUGUCGGCAUGUGAGUAUGACGAGGGAGUUCAGAGUCGUACCUGAUCUGUACAAGUGGUUCUUUGGGUGAUAUUGGGUUCUUAGGCUGCCCCUCUGUGUUAAUUAAAAAGAUGAAUUAGAACGAACUGAAGAAAGAACUGAACCUUGGGCUUUUGGGUCAUAUUAUUGCCAUCCUGUUAAAGAAUAUGUCUCUCUAGACUGUUUCAUGACAAAGAAAAUAGUGAAUCAAAAUGAAUGUUAUUAAAAUUACUAGAUGACACAUGCUUUACUCAUAUUAAAUUCUGUUUGAUUAGACAACACUGUUGCUAUUAUUGUUCAAUCUACUGGUCAUUUCAAAGAUUGAUAAAUAACAUAUAAUUAUAUAUUUUGUCAAAUUUAUGUUUAAUAUAGAGCUAAUGAAGUACCGCCCUAACUGCUGUACUGUAACUGACACUCUGAGCGGCCUGUUUCCUCGUUUCACCGCUUAACACCACAACUGUGAUUUAUAUGCCACGUUCACAUAGAUUAUAGAAAAUAAUUCUGAUCAAAUUUGGUGUUCAGCAGCACUGAGUCAAUAUAUUUUAGAUCCAAACUUUCUUCAGGUGCGAUCGUGAAAGACGAGACGAAGUGAACAAAACCUAGAAAAGAUGUUAGGGUAGGAUUUCAACAUGGUCAGGAAGAAAGGAACGAGCAUGCACAAACACAAACUUAACUGUGAAUACAAACAUGUCAAGACCCGCAGCUGCUCCUGAUUGUGCUUGUGGGAGGAUCAACAAAGAGCUACUACAGUAAGAAUCGGCCAUGCGUUACAGAAAUUUGAACAGCCAGAUUUGGACCUUCCCCCUCUCUGCUUCACUUUAAGCCUCCCUCAAAGAGAGAGGUUUAAAGUGUCGCAGCAACUCUAAGAGGUGCACCAAGUAUUUCAGUUCAGAGCUGACAUUUGCAGUUUAAGGAAUUGUGUGUACACAUAAUUAUAGUGUGUGAGUCUCUUUAGGGGUAAAUCUCUCCAAACAACCUGGACAAUUCAAAACCAUAAAACCUCGAGUGUGAAACUGCAUUUUCUUGUUUUUCUUGUUGUUUCUCUGGAGUUUACUGUUGAGCACUGUUUUUAAUGAAUCAAAUUCUGGCCAAUUUAGCCACAUCUUUCACUGCACUAUAGUUUUAUUCCAUUUAUUCUUGCUUUUUAUCCUCUGUUCUAUUUAUACUCUUUUAAAAUCUUGUGAAUAAAUAUGAUUAUAUAUUAUAUUAUAUAUUAUUUAUAGUCCCUUUUAUGUCUUAUUUGAAGAAGAACUGCCUUGUUGUUGAUUGGUGCUAUAUAAAUAAAUUUGUCUUGUCUUACGUCUUA